CCGAAAUUGCAGUAUACGACUUGACCAGUCCCCACCUCCACUACCUCCUUGGGGUCAGCUCCACCACCUUCCUGGGGUCACCUCCACCACCUCCCUGGGGUCAUCGCUGCCCGUCAUACCUAAACAUAACGUCAAGAUGCUCGCCGUCAACAAAUCAAGAAAACAAAGCAGGAGUUUAAUUCUAUAUAUGCAAAGACGUUUUAAGAAAAAGGAAAAGGUUCCCCAAAUUACAAACAUUGCUCGAGCACAGGAGUACUUUGACAGGGCCUAUCCUCCCGUGUAUGGGCCGCGGUGGCCCUCAAUUAGGCUCGCUCUGUUGUCAAAACAGAAAUAUGUAGCGGCUGUAAACAACUUUGCCAACCAUGAAAAUACAAUAGAAAAGUUUCAGGAACUUGGAGCUGUGGAUAUCGGGCAUAAGUGCACAAUGAUUGCUGCUCAAAUGAGAGCUAAUAAAAAAGAGUGGGAUCAGCAGAUAUCUCAGGAACAUGACGAGGACACCUUUCAAGAUCACCCCGAGAUUGAAGAAUCAAAAUUAAUAAGACCUUCUCUAAUAGAGCUAGAUGAUGAUGAGUUGGCUGCACAAGCAAAAGCUGAAUCUAUUAAACGCUACCCAGAAGAGUAUCGGGCUAGGGCUUUGGCAAAAGACUAUAAUCCUGGAACAAUGGAAUUAGACCACACCAGUCGAAUUAUUCUCCCUUCUGAAGUUGAAUCCCGGGGAGUCAAUGUCAUGAUGGAUUAUGUGCCAGCAACCAAACUAAAGGGACUGGAAAACUGGGUAGAAGAGACAGAUGUCUUCGUUGAUGCCAGCCACGGAGACCAGGAGAUUGGUUUGAAAACAGAAAAGGAAGAAGAGCCAAUAAACUUUCCAUCAGCACUGAAGAUUUAUGCCUUUAGUAAAGGAGACAUAUCUAAUUUUCCAAAACCAAAGAUGGAUCAUCAGAUGAAGGUGAUGGACUACUAUGCUCUAGAUGGAGCAUCCCUGCUACCAGUACUGGCUCUUGACCUACAACCUGGCGACCGCGUGCUUGACCUGUGUGCUGCACCGGGAGGAAAAACACUAAUUGCUCUGCAAAGCUUACUGCCAGGACUUGUGGUGAGCAAUGACAUGUUUGAAAGCCGUAUUAAUAGACUCCAUAGGGUGCUGAAGCAGUAUAUUCCUCCUGGAUUUUCAGACUUGGACAGAAUUUCAUUAGUUACAACGGGUGAUGGGUGUGUUAUUAGAGAAAGGGAGGCCUAUGAUAAGGUAUUGGUGGAUGCUCCCUGCCUCACGGACCGCUUCUCUCUCAAGGAGAAUGACAACAGCAUCUUUAAAUCCUCCAGAACAAAGGAGAGACUCAAGUUACCAGAACUACAGAGUCAGCUGCUUGUGUCAGCUCUUAAGGCAGUACGACCUGGUGGAACUGUCGUGUAUUCAACUUGUUCACUGUCACCACUGCAGAAUGAUGGUGUCGUACAUUUGGCACUAUCUAAAAUAUGGAAAAGUACAAGAAUUGAAUACUGUGUUGUAGACAUGAGUUACGCAGUUCGUCCACUGAACUUCCUAUAUCGAUUUGGCAGUAAUUUAGGUCUGCGUUAUGGACAGAUUGUCUUACCAUCUCUCCUCUCAAAUUUUGGUCCUAUGUAUUGUUCCAAAAUAAAAAGACUACGAUAAAGCUUCUGGAUAGUUUCUUUCUAAUCUUGUAAAUAAUGAAUUAAGCCUUGGAAAUUAAAAUAAGUGAUUCAAUUAACUCUUGGUAAAAUAAAUUUUUAAAUAAA